AUGCAGCUCUCCUUCGCCGCGUCCGUGCGCACCGCGCUCCCGACGCGCCCCAGGACGUCCCGACGCGCUAGGUCCAAUGGAGUCCAAGUCCGCGCCCUGUUCGGCGGCGGCAAGGGCGGCGAGGGCGGGAACCCGAUGGCAAACAUGGCAGGGCUGCUCGACUCGGUUAAGAAGGCGCAGCAGCUGGUGCAGCAGGAGACCGCGCAGGUGCAGGCCGAGCUGGCCGCGACCGAGUUCGAAGGAUACUCCGAGGACGAGACGGUCCGGGUGGUGUUUAGUGGAAACCAGGAGCCCAAGGGGAUUGACAUCACCCAGGCCGCCUACGACCAGGGUCCGGAGAAGCUCGAGGCGCUGAUUCAGGAGGCGAUGUCGGAGGCGCACUCGAAGUCUGUCGCGGGCAUGCGUGAGCGUAUGCAGGCGCUGGCGCAGAAGCUCGGGCUGCCCAACAUGGGCGGCGGCGGCGGCAUGGGCGGCAUGGGCGGCCCCGGGGCCCCUGGGCUGUAG